UCCUCCUCCUCUUCCUCCUCCUCCUUCUCCCGGCCUCGCCAAAGUUUUUCCCUUUCCUCGUUUCGGAGUUUUUUGGUUUUCUUGUUUUCUGUAAAUUUUUUUUUUUAGCUUUUUUUGUGCUGAGGAGAAGUGAUAAAAAGUUUUUUUUUGUUGUUGUUUGUUUGUUUUUUUUUUUUUUUUGGCGAACUUCUGGCGGUUCUUCCCCCUCCUCUCCGCCGCCGGUGGAGACUUUGUUUCUCCGAGUUUUUACUUUUUUAACGCGUCCCUGCCCCUUAGCGCCUAACUUUUUUAUAUAUAUUUUUUUUAAUUAUUAUUAUUAAUUUUUUUUUCGCCCCCUUGUUCCCCCUCGGCCACUUUCUCGCAUGAAUCUCCUCGACCCUUUCAUGAAAAUGACAGAAGAACAGGACAAAUGUAUCUCCGACGCCCCCAGCCCCACCAUGUCGGAUGACUCCGCCGGGUCCCCCUGCCCCUCUGGAUCCGGCUCGGACACGGAGAACACCAGACCCCAAGAGAACACCUUCCCCAAGGGGGACCCGGACCUGAAGAAGGAGAACGACGAGGACAAGUUCCCGGUGUGCAUCCGGGAGGCGGUGAGCCAGGUGCUGAAGGGCUACGACUGGACCCUGGUGCCGAUGCCGGUGCGGGUGAACGGCUCCAGCAAGAACAAGCCGCACGUCAAGAGACCCAUGAACGCCUUCAUGGUGUGGGCGCAGGCGGCCCGCAGGAAGCUGGCGGACCAGUACCCGCAUCUGCACAACGCCGAGCUCAGCAAGACCCUGGGCAAGCUCUGGAGGCUGCUGAACGAGAGCGAGAAGCGCCCGUUCGUGGAGGAGGCCGAGCGGCUGCGGGUGCAGCACAAGAAGGACCACCCCGACUACAAGUACCAGCCCCGGCGGAGGAAGUCGGUGAAGAACGGGCAGGCGGAGCAGGAGGAGGGCGCGGAGCAGACCCACAUCUCCCCCAACGCCAUCUUCAAGGCGCUGCAGGCGGACUCGCCGCAGUCCUCCUCCAGCAUCAGCGAGGUGCACUCGCCCGGGGAGCACUCGGGCCAGUCCCAGGGGCCCCCCACGCCGCCCACCACGCCCAAGACGGACCCGCAGCCGGGCAAGCAGGACCUGAAGCGGGAGGGCCGCGCGCUGGGCGAGGGCGGCCGGCAGCCGCCGCACAUCGACUUCCGCGACGUGGACAUCGGCGAGCUGAGCAGCGACGUCAUCUCCAACAUCGAGACCUUCGACGUCAACGAGUUCGACCAGUACCUGCCGCCCAACGGGCACCCCGGGCAGCCCGGCCAGGUCGCCUACACGGGCAGCUACGGCAUCAGCGGCGCCGCGGGCACGCCGGCGGGCGUGUGGAUGUCCAAGCAGCAGCCGCCGGCGCAGCUGCCGGCGCUGAGCGCCGAGCAGGGCCCGCAGCAGCAGCAGCAGCAGCAGCAGCAAAGGACGCACAUCAAGACGGAGCAGCUGAGCCCCAGCCACUACAGCGAGCAGCAGCAGCACUCCCCGCAGCAGCAGCAGCAGCAGCAGCUGAGCUACGGCUCCUUCAACCUGCAGCACUACAGCUCGUCCUACCCCAGCAUCAGCCGCGCGCAGUACGAGUACGGCGAGCACCAGGGCUCCUCGGGCUCCUACUACAGCCACGCCGGCCAGGGCGGCGGGCUCUACUCCACCUUCAGCUACAUGAGCCCCACGCAGCGCCCCAUGUACACCCCCAUCGCCGACACGGCCGGCGUGCCCUCCAUCCCCCAGACCCACAGCCCGCAGCACUGGGAGCAGCCCGUCUACACGCAGCUCACCCGGCCCUAAGAGGCGAAGCGAGCGCGACGGGAGAAAGGAAGGAAAAAAAAAAAAAAAAUAAAAAAAUAAAAAUAAAAAAAAAAAAAAAAAAAAAAAGGCAGGAAAACGAAAAAAAAAUUCGAGAAAAAAAAAAAAACCGAAGAGAAAAAAAAAAAUAAUCAGAAAAGCGCGAAAGCGGCGAGGGCGAGUUGCCUCAGACUGGUUCGGUGUUUGAAAUUGAAAUGAGAAUUCAAAAGACGCUCACGUGGAAGCUGGCGGGGAGGAGAGAGCGCCUCGAGCCUUCUGCACUACAGCAUCCUCCAGGACCCGCUCCCAGCCCCGAAAUUUGGGACAGACUUGCCAAGGACUGGACUUGAACUCUGCUUCUUCCAGCGUGGAGAGGAGAUUUCCACCCAACCCGCCCAGCUGGCUCCUUCUCUGGACUUUUGUAAUGAUUUUUUUUGUUUUUUUGUUUUUUUAGCAGUAAUUAAAAGCGAGACAAAAAAAAUUUAAAAAAAAAGAAGAAAAAAAAAAAGGGGGGUAAAAGAGAAAACUCAGAGUCCUCUGUGAGGAAUAUUCUCUAUUUUAAAUAUUUUUAGUAUGUACUGUGUAUGAUUCGUUACCAAUUUGAGGGGAUUUGUACCUAUUUUUUAGAGAUUUUUUUCAAAUGCUCUUAUUUUUCCAACAGCUAAAAAAAAAAAAUAAAAAAAGACACUUAGUGGAGCAGCCCUAGGUUUUCUUGCAGAGGUAUUUUUGUAUAGAGAAGUGUCUUUUUUUGCUCUAAAAAUGAAACUAAACCAGCGUGCUCUGCCCUGGGAACCCAGCACCGGGGCAGGCACCAGCAUGGGAGAGGCUUUAUUUUUCUAACUCGUAGCAAAACCAGCCAGGAGGAGAACUUCACUUUAUUUUUUAAUAACCUCGAGCCUUAAAAGAAUAACAGAAAA